AUGGUGAGUGGAGGCAAGAAGCCUCGUCGAAACGAUGCGCAGCGUCGGGCCAGGCUCCAGGGCUCCGGUGCGCUGCUGCAAAGUAGUCUAGAUACUGCACACCCUUCUUCUCGUCUACUUGUAUGGCACUCGAACUUCUCGCACGGUGGGUCUCGGCACAAGAGCGUCAUCAACGGACACGCUUUCAACCAGCAGCUCGAAGUGUAUCUCCCGUCCAAGGAGGGGAAAGCGGUCGCGCAAUCGCUGCAAUGGGAAACGGGCUUUUACUACGAGAUCAAGGCGUCAGUCGACAUGUUUCUGUCGCCGACCUUUAUUCGCGACUAUCUGAUGGAUGGUGGCGCCGUGUUCAUGGUGGCCAAGAAUACAGCGGUGGACGCGUCGCAGUCGGCGAUGCUGCUGCCGUCCGGACAGUUGCUACUGUUAGUGGACGCAGAUACCUACCAGCAAUUGGGCAUUGUAGGUGAAAAGUAUGGCAAGGCAGUGCCUGCCACCAGCAGAUCGGCUCACGUGAAGCAAGCACAGAAAUACGUCAUCACCCUAGACUUGACGUCGUCUACAUUCGCUGGUGAAGAAGUCAACACCUUUAGAGAUCGAGUAAGAAAGUGUCUGAGCACGAAAUUGGAGGAUCUUGAGAUGCUGCUGUGCGCGUACAACCAGCGUGGAUCAGCACGCACAAUCUUGUUCGGAGAUGAUGAUCAGAUACCUCGUUCACGCGUGGAGCUAAACGCCAAAAUGACGACAUUCAGCGACGUGUUCCUUCCCAAAUUCGACGCAUUUUACAAAGAGAUAGCUGCGGUUGAAAAGCGCGGUGCGGAGGAUGGCAAUACACUGCGGACGUCGCUGCAGGAGGCUUACGACUGGUUGGGAGUUGUGGCGUGUGGGUUGACCGACUUGCUGCAGAGACAGAAGCUAGAAGAGUACGUGUCGACGUUCACGGGUAUCCCUGAUUCAUUUGAGAGCGUGCCAGGCGAUGAGAUCACGACGGUCAGAUGGCGUGGUCUGCUGGCAGCUCCGUUUUGCUCGACUAUUGUGGAGAAGGUGCAGCGUUCUGUCAAAAAUGCCGAAUUGCCGUGGGCUGCUGUGACGGUAUGGGGCUUCCCAGAUGUCUUCCCUCAACGACGAGAACACGGCUAUCUGGGUAAUGGCAGCAACAACUACACUCUGCUGAUACUACCGAACGAAGAGUACUUCAUGCUUCAAGCACUAGGCCCCCAUGACGCCACCGUGUAG